GUGAAAGUGCUCUCUAGUGAUGUGACGUCCCUGCCUGAGUAUGUCCCAUUUGGUAAACAAAGAAGCAAGAAAAGGAAGGCUAUUACUAGGGCGACUAGGCAUUCGGGGGAGAAGACUGAGCCACUUGCAUCCAUAUCCACUCAAGCGAGGACU